GUCGCAGUGAAUUGUGGGAUAGAAAUUCACAGACAUGGCGUCCCGUGCGCUUGCACACUGUGUGCGCUCCGUCGUUCGCGCCUCUGCAAGGUUAAAUCAUGGCAACAUGCUAGCACGAUCCGCCUGCGCGCCCCUCGCCUCAAACCAGCGAGCUCUCUCUGCCGUUUCACGCGGCCAGCGGACGAGGUGGACUGACCUAUUGCGGAUUUCAGGCCCGUCUGUUCAUCUGUGUCGGCGUUACGGUGAUCUUCCACCCCUCACUUUAGAGACCAUCCAAGACCGUGUUAUGUACGUCCUUAAACUGUAUGACAAGAUCAGUCCAGAUAAGCUUCAAACAUCAUCUCAUUUCAUGAAAGAUCUGGGGCUGGACAGCUUGGACCAGGUGGAGAUUAUCAUGGCUAUGGAAGAUGAGUUUGGAUUUGAGAUCCCAGAUGCCGAGGCGGAGAAGCUUAUGACUCCUGAGGAGAUCGUAAAGUACAUUGCGGAUAAAAAAGAUGUGUAUGAAUAGAGGUAAGUCUUAUGUUACGUACGCCCUGUCUUGUGAGCUAUAAUGCCUAGAUUGUAGGUAACUUAU